AUGAGCACCAACGACGCUCACGAGCCCCGCGCGGGCCACGCAGAAAAUGAUCGCGACGACGACAGCAGCUCUGAGAUAACGCUUACACGAUGGCAGAAAAUCGAGAACAUCAUCUGGGAUGGCGGCCAUCGGACUCCCCAGGAACGAAGCCUUGUGCGAAGACUGGACAUCUUUAUCAUGAGCUGGGCGACAAUUGGGUACUUUGUCCGAUUGCUCGAUUGGGCCAAUGUUACAAAUGCGUAUGUCUCCGGCAUGAAGGAAGACUUGCACUUCACUGGAGCAGACUAUAAUCUGCUCUCGACGUUCUUCAUCAUUGGCUAUGUCAUCGGCCAAGUGCCUUCACAAUUGGUCCUGACACGCGUCCGCCCGUCAAUAUGGCUCCCGACGUGCGAAUUGCUCUGGUCAAUUAUCACCUUUUGCUUCGCUGCAGUCCGUAAUGUGCGAGAUGUUUUUGCUCUCCGUAUCAUUAUGGGUUUCUUGGAGAGUCCAUUCGCCGUCGGCGUUUUGACUAUUAUGGGUAGUUGGUACACGCCGCGAGAACUUUCCAAAAGAAUAGCAAUCUUCUACUCCGCCUGCUACGCCGCCAGCAUGUUCAGCGGAUAUCUCCAAGCCGCCAUCUACCAUGGCAUGGACGGCCACCUGGGACUUCCCGGAUGGCGCUGGCUCUUCAUUUUCUGCGGCGUCAUCUCCAUGCCGUUCAGUCUGUACGGCUACGUCGCCAUCCCAGACAACCCCUACAUCUGCAAAGCGCGCUGGAUGCCCGCUGAGCAACUCGAUUUCGCGCGCAGACGCAUGGAAGCAUACGAUCGACGACCACCGGUGCUACUAACCUGGGCAAAAAUGAAACGCAUCGUGACUCAUUGGCCGCUGUAUGCGUUCACAGCAAUCAUGAUCUUCCAAUGCCUCGUAACCCAGCCUCUCAAUUACUUCGCCGUGUGGCUGCAGGCGCUGAAUCGGUUUUCCGUGUAUGAGGUUAAUGUUAUCCCAACCUCAGGCCAAGCUCUGGGUCUUAUUACAACGCUGUUGUAUAGCUGGUUGUCUGAUGCAUGGGGCGGGAAUAGACCCAAAGCCCUCCUUAUCCCUGCCGUGAUCAAUCUGGUUGGUUUGAUCAUUGUUGCGAUUGGACCGGGUUUUGGCGCGACCUUGUUUGGGUAUUUGCUCAAUGGGGCUAGUUGGGGAUUCUGGCCUAUUUGCUUUGCAUGGACCAACGAAGUCUGCGCCAAAGACCCGGAGGAACGAGCAAUAGUAAUCGGUGUUGCACAGACACUUGGCCAAGCAUUUGUGGCAUGGUUACCUGUCAUCAUUCUGAACACAUCCAAAUACGCACCCAAAUUCACCAUUGGGUGGAGUGUGCUGAGCGGCGUAAGCGGAUUGCAAUUAGCAAUGGUAUUUGUGAUUCGAUGGCUGGUAAAGCGCGAGAAAAGACAGGAAGCAGCGGCAGCAGAAGAAGAGUAUUGCCGUGGCAAUGUUAGCCAUGGUAUUGAUGAUGUUGAUGCUGGCAUUGAAGAAGUGAAUACUGUCACCAAAAUCGAUGCUGCUAAUGGUAGUGGCAGUGGCAAUGGUGGUUUGGUCGUCGAGACAGUUCGAGAAGGGUCGAAGAUGGCUUGA